UUCUUAUUGAAAAAAAUAAAAAUAAAUAAGCCAUAUAUGAUAUGUGACAUGACAGUGAUCCUUUUUAGGCGAGUAACUGAGCUUUUGGAAGACAGAAAAGUGGCAUUUAAUCGUAUGCUAAAAUAGUCACACACUACUCACUGUGUACUAUCCUUAUUUAAUCUCACUAACCACACUUUCUUUCUCAACUCUCUCUCUCCAAACGGCAUAAAAUGAUAAAAGUCUAAUUGUUAUUAUAUAUUUCUGUGAAAUAAAUAAAAGAAGCAAGCUUCUUGAACUGGGCUACUUGUUAGAUCACAAAGAUUCCUCUCACUACCAUUCAACUUCUCCUUAUCUAUCUCUCUACUCAGCUUUGAAGUAAUGAAGAUUAUGAAGAUGUUACAGAAAUAAGUGAACUUUCUGGGCAUUGUCGAAAAAUGGAGAACCCCAAAACCCUAGAAUCUGAAAGCCCAGAUGAUAAAACCGCGAAAGAGACUUCUGGGUUUUCUGAGUCGAGGGAGUUGGGUGAAAAAAACAAUGGGUUAGCUUCCUGUUCCGACAUUUCCAUUGCAGUGGAUGAAACAAAGGUUUUCACAAAUAAUGAUUUGGGGGUUGAAAAUGUUGAAGUUGCAACUCAGCUAGUAAAAGCUGAAAAUGUUGGUGGUGUGAAGGGAGAUGAAAAAGAGGCAGGUUUGGGUUUAAUUGGGUCUACAUUUGACAAGAAAAAUGAGGCUGAAAUGGGUUUGUUAAAGUCACAAUCAGAUGAGGGGAGGAAUGAAGAUAAACCACUUGUAUCAACAGAGAUAGCAGUUUCAAGUGGCGGUAUAUCUCUCUUUGUGGACUUUAGUGGCUCUGCUGGAAAUUACAUGCACAAGGAUGUUAAUGUAGAAAAUUCUUCUUCUUUGGAAGAGAGCAAAAAGGAUAUAAAAUAUGAAAAUGGAGAGCAAGGAGCUAGUAUUGAUAAUCAAGACUUGAACUUUUCCGUGGGUGAUAUUGUAUGGGUCCAAACCAAAAAUCAAACGUGGUGGCCAGCAAAGAUUUGUAAUCCUGUGGAUGCACCAAAACAUGCUGCAAGGACUGGUGAGGGGGACCAGUUUCUAGUGGGGUAUUAUGGGAUCAACCACUUUGCUUGGUGCUGUCCAUCUCAGUUAAAGCCAUUUCAUGAGAACUUUGAGCAAAUGAAAAGGGAAACCAAAGCUAGUAGAAUCUUUGUUGGAGCUGUGGAGAAAGCUGUUGAUGAGUUUGGUGGGCAUGUAAAGUUGGAGAUGAUUUGCUCCUGUGCUUUGUCACGCAAUCAACUCACAGCAGCUGAGGAGGGAUCAUUUGCCAAAGGAGUUGUGAAGUCCAAGCAGAAAUCUACUAGACUUGGUGAAUUUUCAGUCUCUAAGUUUGAACCUGUAAUGUUCCUUGAUUGCCUCAAGUAUCUUGCAAAAGUUGUUUCGUUGCCUCGCACCUCGCUUGAUUUCGCCGUCACACAUAAUCGGCUUUCGGCCUUCAAUCUUUAUAAUGGCCAUACUCAAUUGCCUAUGCAUCUACUUACAGAAAGGGCCAGUGUUGUAGAAGAUAAAGUUUCAGUUAAAGACAAAAAAGUUUUCCACGGGAUUAGAAGAUGCAAUAAUGCAGAAGAAGGUUCUUGUGAUUUAAGUGAAGCCAAGAAGAAAAAGAUGAAGAAAAAGUCAGCUGUCAAAGUUGAAGAUGGCAAGGGUAAAAAGGAAGACCUGGUUGUUUUAUGCAAAUCUACACCAACAAAGGGAACUGAAGGGAGCAUAGGAGAUGUUAGUGGGAAAAAGAGAAUGAUUGAAAAAGGAUUUGAUUCAAGAGAACGAAAGAAGAGCAGAUACUUGUCUUAUCCUUAUGUAAGCUGGGAGAAGAAAGACUCAUCAACUGGAACAAAAGAUCCUCCAGAAGAAAAUGUUGGUGAUGACCAAAAUAUGGUGUCUCCUUUGAAUUUAAAAUGCAGUGGGGAGAAGUUCUGGAAGAAAUGGUACAGGGGUUUUUCUGGUGAGGGUAACAUACCUGGCAGUUCAGAGUUAAUAAGUGUAGCCCCAGCUGAGUUGCUAUGUGAAAUUCGUUCUGCUGCUGUGGAUUGCUUACAUCCAAAUGGUAGUAAUAAGUUUAAUCUCAUUGGUUGGACUUUUUCUAGGUUCAGGACUUCUGUGUAUCAUGAUGAAGUUGCUGAUGAAAUAUGUACAAAAAAUGUAAUCGGUCGAAAUGAGUUGAAUGCUGCUGAAGCCUGCUUGUCUGCAAAUAAUGUAGAGGAGGGAAAGUGUUUGUCCAAGACAAAGAGAACCAAGAAAAAAGAAGCUUCUAAGCAUUCUGUCUGUUCGCCAGAUGCGAUUGGGAGUGCAGAAAUUAAUGUAGAGGAGGACAAGCGAAAUUCCAAACCGAAGAGAACCAAGAGAAAAGAAGCAUCUAAGCAUUCUACUGUCUGCUUGCCAGAUGCGAUUGGGAGUGCAGAAAAUAAUGUAGAGGAGGACAAGUGUAAUUCCAAACCGAAGAGAACCAAGAGAAAAGAAGCUUCUAAGCAUUCUACUGUUUGCUCGCCAGACAAGAUUGGAAGUGCAGAAAAUAAUUUAGAGGAGGACAAGUCUAAUUCCAAGCCAAAGAGAACCGCGAAAAAAGAAGCUCCUAAACAUUCUGUCUGCUCGCUUGAUGUGAUUGGAAAUGCAGAAAAUAGUGUGCAGGAUGUAAAGGAGAAUGAGAGCCUCGAUCUGUCAUCAAAGGAAAAUUUGAAAACAACUCCUGUUUCUGGGCUGUUAGAUGUGAAUACAAGCGUUGCCACAGAUAGCGUGUCGGUAAAAGAUGCCUUGGAGAUGGGCUCCUACAAUAAAGUCAAGCGGAGGAGAAAGAAGAAAGUGGAAGAAGUGCAUUUGGAGCAUCAUCAGACAAAUCAAACAACUGGUAUACCUGAUUUGAAUGGAAACAUUGUAUCAAGUGUUAUGGUUGAUGGUCCACAGGUUAUGAACAGUGUUGUAACAAGCAGUGUGGUUGAGGAUCCACAUGUUAAGAACACUGUUGUAUCAAGUGGUAUGGUUGAUGAUCCACAGGUUACGAACACUGUUGUAUCAAGUGGUAUGGUUGAUAAUCCACAGGUUACGAACACUGUUGUAUCAAGUGUUAUGGUUGAUUAUCCACAGGUUAAGAACACUGUUGUAUCAAGUGUUAUGGUUAAUAAUCCAAAGGUUAUGGGCAGUGUGGCUAAAGAAAGUAACCUGGAGCUGCUGAUGAAAAUGGAGAAAGGUGCUCUUUUAGGGAAUUCAAAUGCUAAUGUCACUCUUAACUUGAUGGAUAUGCAUAGAAACAAUGCUCAACCUGGUACCCUGGUGGUUGAUCUGAGGGUUCCUGUUGCAGCACCCAUUCAACAAGAUUUUACUUCACAUAAUGGCCCUCCUAGGUUUGGACUGUUGGACAAAGAUGGAAAAAUUAUUGAUUCACUUUCUGAACAAGGUAAAUCUGCACCGAAAAAGAGAAAGAAAAGGGAGAAAGCAGCUCCAAAAAUUAUUCCAGAUUUAAAUGGAACAAACAGCGAAUCCAACUCACUGGGCAAGGAUUCACAGGCGGUUCUGAUUAAUGGCGUCACAGUUCCUUCAAAACCUGAGCGGAAAAAGAGAAGAAAACUACAAGCUGCUUUCGAGCCACCAAAAAAUAUUUCUUUAACUGGAAGACCAGACACUAAUGCAAGUUACAAUAAAAAAGAAAGUAAUGGAAAGACAAAAGGUGCUGCUGCUCUUCUCUUGACUUUCGCUGCUGGAGUUCCAGUGCCUUCAAGAGAAGAUUUGAUCUCAACAUUUUGCAAGUAUGGACCAUUGAAAGAAUCAGGAACUAUGUUGUUAAAAGACCCGGGUAGUGCUCAAAUUGUGUUCACCAGAAGUAUUGAUGCUAGAGGAGCAUUGCAGAGUAUAGAGAAAAACAACCCUUUUGGUUCAACCCUGAUUAACUACCGGCUCCAUGAUCUUUCUGCCGCUUUCAAAGUAGCGAAACCCGGUCAAGCUUCUACCGCAACAACUAUAGCAACAUCUUCAGUAAUGGAGGGAUCUCAAGCACAAGCACCUGGAUCAGUUCCUCUUGACUUUAUAAGACAGAAUCUUCAGAUGAUGACAUCAAUGCUGGAGAAAUCAGGGAACAAUCUUUCUCCAGAGAUGAGAACCAAGUUAGAGGGUGAAAUAAAAGGCCUCCUGAAUAAGGUGAGCUCCAUUUCUGGUUAGCUUGGAUGGAGUUUAAAUGCUUUUUCUUAGGGUAGUUUUGUUCUUGGGUUUUGUAAUAAAACUAUUUCUUUGUUAGCUAUAGCUACCGCUGUUUUGCCCCCUGUUUACUUGGGCUCUCUCCAUCUUGAUAUUUAGUUAGAAUUGGUAUGUUUUUUUUUAAUAACUGAUUCCUCCUUCAUUUGAGAGAGCACAUAAGUCAUAAGCGAUGGCUCUUAAACUAAAGGAUGUUGUUGUAACACCUUGCAGUUUGGUUAAUGUUUAACUUAUUAAUCUUA